AUGUGCCAUAGCUCCGCACAGCCAAGACUUGAGCUCUUAAUCGAUCUGAGUAAAUUACGCAGUACUAGUGGUAUCGCACUAACCUAUAUUGGUGAUUACUCUCUUACUUUUAUCAACCCAAUCACCGCGGCUCCAUUCUCCGCGAUCCGGAAUCUCUUUGAUUAUCUGGCACAGAACCCCGCUUCCGCUGCAGCUCUCAAUGAUGUGUACACUCUCCGUGGUAUCUUCAAGACUGCUGCCACCGAAAACCCCACAUGCGACCAAAAGCUUACUGUUGACCUUUCGCCCACUCGAAUUGCGCGCAUCCCUCCUGGUCUUCAAGUCGAGCUUACCGAACACGGACUCGGUGAUAUCUUGACUUUCUUUAAUACGAUCUCGGAUCAUUAUGUCCCACAGGUUAUAACCUCUCUUAGCGCUAUUGCUGGCCGCGACCUAGCUCCGCUGCACGCCAGCUUCAAUGUUAACUUCCGCCUCAUUGAUUACAACCCCGCGACUGCGUCUCCAAAGAGCCAGAACGGAUGUGGCGCCCAUACCGACUACGGCACUUUCAGCAUCAUCUUUCAGGACGGCACUGCAGGGCUCGAGAUGGAGGCACCCGAAACACCCGGUACGUGGGUGCCCGUGCCUGGCAACGCGACUGUACUGCUGUGUGGGUGGUGUGCAGUGGUGUUGAGCGGGGGAAAGGUAGCAGCCGUACGUCACCGCGUUCGACGUGUGCCUGGAGUGCGACGAUUGUCAGCAGUAUUAUUUGUGGCACCAGAUCUAGAUGUUAAGAUGGCGCCCGGAGAAAGAGUAGAGGCAUUCUCAGAGGCGGUGAAUAAGGGACUUUAUGAUGUGCGUUGGUUUAAAGAGAAAAUGGGCAAGAAAUGGAGAUACCGAGAAGGGAAUGAGAACUUGGAGUGUGGGGAUGAUAGUGCUGAGCAGGAUAUUGACGUAAGUCAGUUAGUUUGGAAGAAGAUUUGCUAAGGGUUUGGAGUCUUGGAAUCUUGGAAUCUUUUUGUGGUUAUGGUUACUUCAUCUUGUUGUCCUUUUAACGUUAGUCGUAUAAAUCCAAAAUCUGAUGCGCGAACGCUUUCGUCUUGAGCGUUAGGGGGAAAGUCUGCCGAGGAAGAGCCGAAGAGGCUACGAUUGCGCUUCUGCUUGCACAACGACGGUGUGGUGCAAUUAUUCGUAUACGGACGCGAUGACGAGUCCUUU